AUGCAAAAAAGGUCAGACCUCACAAGUUCCGGCGAUGCGCCACCUAAAGUAGGCGGUGAAACCCCUUCAUUCUUGAAUGUGACCGCCUAUAUAACCACGACUUCCAAAGAGCGGAGUCUUUGCACACUUACCUCCUCGAACCUCAAUGAGAUGGCGCAUCUGCCCGAUGAACUCGCCGACGACAUCCUCCGGCGGCUUCUCCUGAUCCCAGAUGGCGUCUUCACUGGAAUCUCAACCUCAACCUCAAGUUCCUAUCUCCAUCAUCACAGGCGAUCGUCGGCAUUGCUCGUCUGCAAGGCGUGGUGUCGAGUUGGCACACCGCUGCUCUAUCACGACGUGCUCCUCCGCUCGCAGGGACAGGCGGAUGCCUUGGCGAAUGCGCUACACACCUGUCCAGAACUUGGUCAAUGGAUUCGAAAACUUCGUCUUGAGAACGCAUUCAGCGAACGGGCGAUGCAUGUUAUCCUAGGGGCUUGCAGGAAUGUCACGGACUUCUGCAUCGUGCUCAACUUCCGCCAAAGGGACGUGACGAUACCGUAUCCUGCCCUGGUAGACCUCAAUCCCGAGAGGCUCGUCGUCGUGACGCCGGCGAGCCAACGGCGGAAAAGGGAUCGACAUCCGUUGUUAGUCGCCUUGCGUCGUUCCGUCCCGAAAUGGGACAAGCUGACAGUUGUACUACACGUCUCGCGUUGUCUCGAUUUGGACCACGAUCUUCUGAUGGCGCUUUUGCGUACGCCGAAUCUGCUCACCGUGAUUCUCACGAGGCCCUUCAUCAGUAUGCGCCGCAUACUUUGGAUACUGUGCUCGCGGCCGACCAUCAAGUCGGUCAUCAUACGUGACAGUCCUCGGAACCAGGCUCGCUUCGAACAGGCGUUGAAAGUGGAAUGGUCUCCCUCCGUUCGGCGGAAGCUGCAGUUUUGUGCGUUCGCCGAUGAAAGGUGCGUCUCGAUGGGUUCACGAUAA